AUGUCCGAAACAUACGAAUAUUUAUUUAAGUUUUUAGUGAUCGGAAGUGCUGGUACAGGAAAAUCAAGCCUACUUAAUAAUUUUAUUGGUAACAAAUUCAAAGAAGAUAGGUGCCACACUAUCGGUGUUGAGUUUGGUUCUAAGAUAGUGAAUAUAGGCGGUAAAUCGACAAAGUUACAAAUAUGGGAUACAGCUGGUCAGGAGAGGUUCCGCUCAGUAACACGGUCAUAUUACAGAGGAGCAGCAGCUAGUCCUAACAUAGUGAUAUUACUGGUUGGUAACAAAAAAGAUAUAGAAGAAUCUCGAGAAGUGACAUUCACCGAAGCUAGUCAGUUUGCUCAGGAAAAUGAAUUGAUGUUCCUUGAGACUAGUGCUAAAACAGGAGAAAAUGUUGAAGAGGCAUUUUUAAAGUGCUCAAAAACUAUUCUUGCAAAGAUCGAAACAGGUGAAUUAGAUCCAGAGAGGAUAGGUUCUGGUAUUCAAUAUGGAACUGGCACAGCCAAAAGAUUGACUGCACCGAAGAAACCUGCAAGGGCACCUUCAGAAUGUGCUUGUAGAGUUUAA